CGCUGAUGGCAGCUCCCUGGGCGGCCCGCGGCUCCGGGCCGGGCCUGGACGAAUUUACCGUCCCGGCCGAGAAACGCCGCUUCCUGGAGGGCAGCCGGGGCCGCAUCCAGGGCCUGUUCGAGGUGCGGCUGGCCGUCCUGGAGGCGCAGGGGGACUGGCGGCCCGCCCUCCCGCCGCCGGGGCAGCCGCCACCCGCCGCUAGGAUCUGGGUGCAGCUGGCGGGCGGCGGGAAGGCCGUGCGGAGCGCCAAGGAGUAUAUUAAGGGUCUCUGUGAACCUGAACUAGAAGAAAAAGAAUACUACCCAAAGGACAUGCACUGUAUUUUUGUUGGUGCACAGAACAUGUUUCUCAACAGUCUUAUUCAGGAUACCUGUGCUGACAUAACAGUGCUGGAAAUAGGAUUGCUUAGUAUUAAAGGGGGUGCAGAAGCAGUUGUUAUGGCUCAAAGUCAAGUUCAGCAGUUUGUGAAGCUUUUUGAGAAUAAUGAAAGCUUGUCAAGCGAAUAUGAAUCAGAUAUUAAAAAGCAAUUUAGGCAAUUUGUGGAGGCACAUGCAGAUAAAUAUACAAUGGAUUUACUGAUUUUGCCUAGCUCGCUAAAAAGAGAACUCCUAACUCUUACGCAAACUGAAUGUUGUGAGUCAGGGGGUGGUAUUAUAGAUCUUACGCGGUCUGGAAGCCCAGCAGAGCUCUUACAGGACAAAACCUCUGAAGUAAUUGUUACAAGCAGAGAUGGAAAAACAGGAGAUGAGGAAGAGAGAAACAAUGCUGGGACUCCUGUAACUGAGCUUACAAAGCAAAUGGACAAUGUGUUUUCUGAUGCUCCCGAAACAAGUUUUGUUCCCAUAAAUGUUGUGCCUCCAUUAGAGGCAAUGGCAUCUAAAGAAAGGCAAUCUUGUAAAAGAAGAUUUUCUGAUGCUGAGGAAAGUCUCCCUAAAAAGCAGUUCUCUUUGGAAAAUGACCAGGAAGUGAAUUCUGUCUUACACAGUGAUCCUUCCAAGAGGGAUGAUGUUAUCGAUCUGAUUUCAGGUAGCUGUGGUGAAUUAGAUGAUCCCAGUUACUGUAUAAAAGAAGGUGAUGAUAUCAGUGAGGAAAUAGAAUAUAAGAUUCUUGUAAACUUUUUUAGAACAAUGGGAUAUUCACAAAGUAUUGUGGAAAAAGUUAUUGGUGUUCUAGGACAGUCUGUGGAACCCUUAACAUUGCUAGAAGAAAUUGAAAAAGAAAACUUGAAACUUCAAAAAGAAAAAGAAUGGUCAUCUAAAACGCCUAGAACUACAAAUCUUUGUUCAGGAAGUAAUGCAAAUAGUCCACAUAUCCUAGAAGAUGAGGACAUUUCUUGCAAGAAAAAUCCACUUAAAACCAGUCAUACUUCAAAUGAGAUGAGAACAGAACGUCACAAAAUCAGAGAGAUCUCAAGUACUCAAAUUGAUGCGGAAGAUAAAAUGCAUGUAUCUGUAUGCAAACCUGUCUCUCCUGGUAAAAGUUCAGCUAUAUGCUAUAAACAAAGAGAUAACUAUUGUCCUGCUAAGAAUCAUAACUCAACAUCAAGUGAUACAGAAACUGAUGGUUCUGUACCUCUCAGUCCUACGCAGGCUGGAGCUCCCAAAGGUGUUGAUUUUGUAGCCAGAGGGAGCUCAGAUGUGUGGCGUACCUCAGCUAAGAGUAAAAAUGCAGUUCAGCAAAAAUCUGCAGGGUCCUCACCUGUGCAGAAUAGUCAUCCUGUUGUAGAGGACCAGUUAGGACACUGCAGCUCUUAUCAAGUGAGAUCUCCCAACCAACACACUUCUCAAAUGUCAAAUUUUGAAAAUCCUACCCAAGCCCAUAUAUUGUCUUCAGAGAUAAAUUCUACAAAUCCUGACAGAGAGACGGACAGAGCAUACAGGCGUCAUAUUGAUCCUUCAAUUACUGGUGUCCAAAGAUUUCUGGAAUCUCUCAAAAAGCCAUACAGACUGGAGUUGAAAAAUGAACCUGGGAAACCAUAUUUAAAACAUAUCAUUAUUGAUGGAAGCAACGUUGCAAUUUCUCAUGGUUUAAGGAAGUUCUUCUCCUGUCGAGGAAUUGCAAUAGCUGUUGACUACUUUUGGAAACGUGGCCACAGAAAUAUUACUGUGUUUGUUCCACAGUGGAGAACAAGACGUGAUCCUUCCAUUACAGAGCAGGAUUUUUUAACACAGCUGGAAGAUGUUGGAAUAUUGUCUUUAACCCCUUCAAGGAUGGUAUUGGGAGCAAGGAUUGCUUCUCAUGAUGACAGAUUUUUAUUACAUCUUGCUGAUAAAACUGGAGGUGUUAUUGUGACUAACGAUAACUUCAGAGAAUUUGUGACAGAAUCAUUUGCCUGGAGAGAAAUUAUUCAGAAAAGGUUGCUCCAGUACACUUUUGCUGGGGACAUUUUUAUGGUUCCCGAUGAUCCCUUGGGAAGAAAUGGACCUAGAUUAGAUGACUUUCUUCAAAGUGAAAGCUGUUCUAGAACUUUUCUGUCAGCACAAAAAGCUUUACAGAGCAGAGAGCAAUAUUCUUCUGAGACACCUUUGUUUGUGCACGUUCCCAAUCCAACCAGCAGCAGUCAACAGCCUAAAAAUCGAGCACAAGGUGAUCGUUCAGCAGCAUGGCUUCCAUUGGAUACAAAUAUGAAGGCUUGUCUGUCAAUUCCACCACAAAGAUCUGCCUCAGAAACAGUACGAUUAAGAGAAGCCUUGAUAAAAAUAUUUCCUGAUUAUGAGCAAAGACAGAAGAUUGAUAAAAUAUUAGCUGAUCAUCCAUUCAUGAGAGAUCUUAAUGCACUAUCUGCCAUGGUGCUUGACUGAAGAUUACACAGGGUUUUUCUAUCACAACUGAUCAGACUAAAUGUCAGUAUGAGUAAGAACGCUGCUCUGUCAUGUUACUUUGUGAAUAUUCAGAACCUAAUUUUAUUUGUAUAAACAAACAUUUUUAUGUAUGUCCUAUUGCUAAUAGAUGCCAGUUUUUGGUAAAUUAAAAACUGCUGCUACUACAGAUCUGUGUUAAUAUUUUCUAUGAAAAAUCUUCCACUUCAUUUUAAUUGCUUAUUAAAGCAGUAAUGGUUCUGAAGAACUGAUGUCACUUUAAAUAACAUGUUAGCACGUUCUAGAAAACAAAAGCACUUAGUGCUUCUCGUACCUUCUUCACUGAAAACCAGGUAUUGGUGAAAAUACAAACAGGCAUUUCACUAUUUUCAGAUACAGUGACUGCUGUAUAAUGUUUACGUGCUUUCCUUAGGUCUUCAUCAUAUAUUUUGGAAGUAAUUGUAUACUCCUAAGGGCCUGUGAACAACUGAUGACCACUGUGUGGAAGCUGUGUUGGAGUCUGGUGUACUAUUGCAAUACUAUCACAAGAUGGCAUUAUGCAUCUGUUGGUUUCUAGUGAUCAAGAGGCAAGAUUUCUGACCUGUAUUCAGAUGUGCUAGUUCCUAUAUAAACAGUAAAUGCAGAACAGACAACAGUAAGUGUUGUUAUGGAUAAUACUGAAUAUUGUGUGAGUAACUUCUGGAUACUAAACAGACUUGCAGGUGAUAUUACAGGUGACUAGUAAGUUCUGUGUACAUGGCCAAGAUGGAGGGCACAGAGCGCACCAACAAAAAAAGCCUUUUGCUUUUUCAUCCAGACUGCAGGAUAUAUUGUAAGAGCAGUUAAAAGUAAGAUUCCAGCAAGAACGCAUAAAAUCACAACUCCCAUCAACAGAAGAUGCUUUUAGUGCUUUAAAAGUUCUGUGAUGUCUGUGUUGCUUUUAAAAUACUAAUUAUAUUGACCAUCAGUAUGCCUUUGGAGUAAUUUAAGUACCUGUGCUGUUUUGUUUGUCUUUGCCCUGCUUGUUUUAACCAAGAAUCCUGCAAAAGGCUAUUAACAAAACACGAUGCUGUUUAUAUAGGAAUUACAUGCUGUGUCUUGUGCAAAGCUAGUACACUGCAUUUAAGGCUGCUCUACUACUUGAAAUCUGUUCUGGGUUCUGGCCCAAAAGUACGGUAGCAGGAAAAUUGAAUGUAGUUUCCAGAAACUGGCAUGUAGGACCACGCUUGAGCAGGAGCAAAGUGAAGAUUACAGUGUGUCUGUGUACACGCUUAAGUCUUUGUGCUUUCCUUUAAAUGGUUUUUCUUUUGUGCUUUUUUUUGUGACUGAAAGCAUGAGGUACGGAGCCCAUGCUGAACUUCUGGCAUGCUGAGCCUUACCUUGAAAAGUAAGAACAUUGGUUUUCUCUCCAGUAGGAUUUCCCUGGAUUUUGAAAUCGCUGCUUUAGAAGCCAGAUGUACUGGAUGAACUAAGGAAAUAAGUGUUGAAAGUUUCUCACAGUUGUCUCAGAUAGCCUCUUCAUAUGCAUUGUGAGGUCAGAAAUAGAAGGCAGAGUCCUGCUGCUCUCUCAGUAGGAACUGCAGCAAGAGCAAAACUAAAAUAUAUUAGGAGCAGUUAUUGACAUACUCAAAAAAGAAACAGUGAGAAGGAAGAAAUUGCUUGAAUGUGGUUCUGCAUCCAAAUAGACUGGUUUUUUUUUUUUCCCCUUUGCACCUGAGUGGACAAUUCAUAGGUCUGGUCAGGUGAGUAAAGUUAUUUACAAAAAAUAAUAAAAAAAGUAAUGCUCAACUAAUAAAUCCUGUGUGAUUAGCAAGGUCUGUCCUCACGAAAUCUUAGGUCUCUGAAGCCAGUCAUUGCUGAUCUGAGAGGGUGUUUUAAUGAGCUGUAGGGGAGUAAGUUGCAAUCAGUUAAGGAUUUCCACGUAAGAGGGGUAGAAUCCUGAGGAGGAAAAUGAUGCUGAAUUUGGUAAUUCUGCUUAGUAUUGCAUCAGAGUGAGAUGGAAAAACUUUUGAUCAGCUUCUAAGCAGCUCUUCCAGAAGUGUUGUGGUUUAACCUGUGUGGUAGUUGCCUGUAGUAAACCUGCCUCCAGGUUUGAGUUUUAGGCACCAGCUCCAACCAUUGUCACUAUGGUCUCAAUUUUCCUUGAAGAAAGUGGAUGGAGCUUUUGCAAUAUUAUGAACACAUGAUUGCAUCUCAUCUAUGCUUUGAACAAAAUCAUCACUGUUUUUCUGUUUUGUUUUCACUUGUUCCUGAUUCCCUACAAGCUUGCUUGCUCUAUGAACAGCCACAAAAUCCUCUCUCAGUGCGCAACAGAACUGGACUGCAUGAAGAAGAGCUGAGAAAGCCUUGUUGGAACCACCAUCAUUAAAAGCUCAUCAAAACAAUUUAUUUUUUUUUAGGAUUUUUUUAAUGGAAAAAAAAAAAUCUGCUUUUCUAUGCAUGAAAGCUUGUCUGUGAUGUAGUUUUGCAAGCAAGUCUUGCACCAGUAGUGAAUCUGAAUUUGUCAUUCCUGCUGACCUUAGCUAAUAUUAACUGUCUUUGGUACAGUGUUUUCUGGUAUCCCAAAUGCUAAAUAGGGGAUACCAGAAAACAUUGUACCAAAGACAGUAUUUUUUUUUUUUUCUUCCUACUGGCCCAGAUUCCUUUUGUGUUCCAAGAGCCUCUCCCAUCAUCUUGGAAAAGAGUUGACUGUACCUAGAAGAAAAAUCCUACGAGUUUGAAAAUGUGAACUAGAUUAUGGUAUUCAUUGCUAAAUUCUAGCAUAUCUCCUAAUGCUGAAUUGUAUGAUGACAGAAAAAUCUGAAUUUAAAAAAAAAUGUGAUAGGUGGGAAAGCUGUUCUUCGAUGAAAAAACAUUUUAAAAACCUAUGAUGAAAACCUUA